GUUUUCUGCCCAGCUGUGAAGAUAAGAGGCGCUUUCGCAUUGGUCAUUUUUUUCCAUGGCACCACCUGACAUUGUGACUACUACAAGACUCUCGCCCAACACUCGAGACCUGUGACAUCUCAUGUGAUGCCUGUGGAUUUCAUUCAGAAGCAGCAAAUGCCAGGAAGAUGACUUUGUGCCCUGGACUUCUAAAGUGCAGCCAAGACUCAACGCUGAUCAGCAGAGGAGAGCAACGGAACAUCUUGGCUAGCUUGGAAUCUGUGAGGACCUCAGGAAGAGGGGAUGUUGAUACAGGUCCAGCCAACUCAGUUGUCAUCCGUCCAUCACUCUUCACACAGUGCAGAGUCACCCUGUCCCCCUCAACACCUUCUCCCACCUGCAUUCAUGACUGACAGACCCUUAUCUUCUACUGAACAAGACUUGGUCACUCUCACAAAUCAAACCAACGCCACCAAUUGCGGAGAGGACAUUUUGCUCUAUGGGGACAUCGAAAAGAUCGUCAUUGGCGUGGUCCUGUCAAUCAUCACUGUGUUCACCAUUGCUGGCAAUGGUCUGGUCAUUAUCUCAGUGUGCAUUGUGAAGAAGCUACGGCAACCUUCCAAUUACUUGGUGGUGUCCUUGGCAGCAGCAGACCUGUCGGUGGCCAUCGCGGUGAUGCCCUUUGUCAUCAUCACUGACCUGGUCGGUGGAAAAUGGCUCUUUGGGAAAGUGUUCUGCAAUGUUUUUAUAGCCAUGGACGUCAUGUGCUGUACAGCAUCAAUUAUGACCUUGUGCGUCAUCAGUGUAGACAGGUACCUCGGAAUAACUCGUCCCUUGACCUACCCUGCCCGACAAAAUGGCAAACUCAUGGCUAAGAUGGUGUUCAUCGUCUGGCUCCUCUCCGCCUCCAUAACCCUCCCUCCUCUCUUUGGAUGGGCUCAAAAUGUGACCGUGGAGAGGAUGUGUCUCAUAAGUCAAGACUUUGGUUAUACUGUCUACUCUACUGCAGUGGCCUUCUACAUCCCCAUGACCGUCAUGCUCAUAAUGUACCAGAGGAUUUUUAUAGCAGCUAAAAUCAGUGCUGAGAAGCACAAAUUUGUGAGUAUCCCCAGGCUUAUGGAGCAAGAAGGCAUAUACUGCUUGGAGGAGAAAAUGGCUCCUAAAAAGAACUCCAAAAAGAAGAAGGCGGCGGAAGAGUUUGCCACCUUGUCGAAGCUCAUACGUCAAGACAGGAAGAACAUUUCUAUCUUCAAGCGGGAACAGAAAGCAGCGAGGACUCUCGGAAUCAUCGUUGGGGGCUUCACCUUAUGCUGGCUCCCCUUUUUCUUGCUGUCUACAGCCCGUCCAUUUAUCUGUGGCAUUAGGUGCAGCUGCAUGCCCCUGAGGCUGGAGAGGACACUUCUGUGGUUGGGCUACACUAACUCACUCAUAAACCCAUUGAUCUAUGCCUUCUUUAACAGGGAUUUAAGGACUACCUUCUGGAACUUGCUGAGGUGUAAAUACACCAAUAUCAAUCGGAGGCUGUCGGCUGCUAGCAUGCACGAAGCGCUGAAAGUCACGGAGAGACACGAGGGCAUCUUGUAAAAA